AGCAAGGAGAGUCGAGGAGGGAUCGAGGAAGGAAGAGAAAGACGGGCUGGGAGAAUUUAAAAAAAAGUUUGCGGGACAGAAAGGAGACGAGGCUUGAGGGCGGCGAGGCGAGGCGAGGGAGUCAAGGAAGGUCUGGAUGGUCUCCACGGCGACGGCCAGCAGGUCCCGCCCCUUCCAAAGAUGGCCUCCAACUUCAACGACAUCGUCAAACAGGGCUACGUACGCAUGCGCAGCCGCAAGCUGGGGAUCUAUCGGCGCUGCUGGCUGGUGUUUAAGAAGUCAUCCAGUAAAGGACCUCGUCGGCUGGAAAAAUACCCCGAUGAGAAGUCUGCUUACAUCAGAGCCUGUCCAAAGGUGACAGAGAUCAGCAACGUGAAGAAUGUCACGCGGUUGCCGCGGGAUACCAAGCGUCAGGCGGUGGCCAUCGUGUUUACAGACGACACGUCGCGCACCUUCACCUGCGAGUCAGAGCUGGAGGCAGAGGAUUGGUUCAAGACGCUGUCAAUCGAGUGUCUGGGGACCCGCCUCAAUGACAUCAGCAUGGGAGAGCCCGACCUGCUGGCCGCCGGCGUGCAGUGUGAACACACAGAGCGUUUCAACGUGUUCCUCCUCCCCUGUCCCAACCUGGACAUCUACGGCGAGUGCAUGAUGCAGAUCACCCACGAGAACAUCUACCUGUGGGACAUCCACAACCCGCGCACCAAGCUGGUCACCUGGCCGCUGUGCUCGCUGCGCCGCUACGGCCGCGACGCCACGCGCUUCACCUUCGAGGCCGGACGGAUGUGCGACAGCGGAGAAGGUCUGUACACCUUCCAGACCCGGGAGGGGGAGCAGAUCUACCAGAGGGUUCACUCGUCCACGCUGGCUAUCGCCGAGCAGCACAAGAAGGUCCUGCUGGAGAUGGAGAAGAACAGCAGGCUGAUGUCUAAGGGUUCGGAGGCAGGCUCGUAUCCCUGCACCCCCACCGCCAUCUUGCCCCGAUCUGCCUUCUGGCACCACAUCACAGGGAACCAGAGCGGCAUGGACCCUGCCAGCGGUGACGCUGCCGAGGCCGACCUGCUCAACACCCGCCUGCCCCCCGACCGCCACGCCACGCUGCCGCUGCCGCUGCCGCUGGCACACACACACUCAGAGACCCAGCCACACACACACACGCGCGCACAUUCCCCGACACACUACCCCACCUAUCCUGGACAGUGACACACACACACACACACACACACACGAGCACACAGACAGCACACGCAGAACAAGACGUGGACCACGAAAAAGAAGCAGACACAACAACACACACAUUUGGGUACCAUGCGCAUGCAGGGCACACACACACACACACACACACACACAACCACACACACACCUUCCAUAUAUUUUACUCCUUUUUCCCCAACGUUACACCUCGCAGGAGCUGUCGUGUGGCCGGCAGACGAUGGUGAACAAAGAAACCAGGAAGUGGAAACGGUUUGUUUUUCCGAGAAGGACUGCAAUUCCCACAAUGCAACAGCAGAGGGACAACUGACCUUCUUCUCACAGCGACCGCUAUGGACUCACAUGACAAACUGGAGUGGGAAAAUCUGCCAGUUUAAUCUCCAGCGUCAGAUAGACCCAACAGUUCAGAAAUUAGCUUCAAACUCAGGAACAAGAACCACUAAAACUGCCUGAAUCGAGACGAGAAAUUAAAGGGCAAGUUUCUCUCUUUUGAACCCGGACGAGCCCCCAGUUUAUAUUAUGUCUGGCCUGAGGGGAAACCUGAGAAUAACAUUAAUGCAACUCCUUUCCUCCAACCAGGGCCACAGCAGAUGCAGCUCAAAGAAGAACUGACUUACUUCUCAGUUCACAGGAGAAUCAAAGUGUUGAUUCCUGUCAUGUCUAAGUGGAAAAGCCUCGGCACGCGGUUUAUUGAUGAGAAACUGACCACUUUGCUGCAGCUUUCAACCCUAAAUGUAGACUGAAGGACUGUUUUCAGCCUCUCAAAAACAUUAUCAAUAUCAUUGUUGAGUUUGCCAAGCGCUU